AGGGCAGCUCCCUCAGAUAAGCGGCGAGCGGUGGGGCGGAGCCUUAGGCCCGAGCCAAGAUGGCGGCUGGGAAGCCAACCCUCACGGACUCGCUCUCGUUCUGCCUCGCGCAGCUCACGGCGGCGGCCGGGGCGAGUCUCGCGGGGGGAAAGGACCCAGCUACCAACGAGACACCCCUGGGCCGUGCGCUCUUAGCCCUCCGCACGCGCCACAUCAAGGCAUCGGGGGGAAUCGAGCGCUUCCGGGCACGCGGCGGGCUCCGCCCCCUUCUCGCGCUGCUACGACGAGCGGCUGCAGCAGGCCCCGCCCCGUCCCAGGCCGGCCCCGUCCCCUCGCCUGUCAUGUCAGCUGUUUCUGCCGGCCCCGCCCCCUCGCCGGGCCCCGCCCCCUCCGCUUUGUCGUCGACGCCUUCGCCGCCAGUGCGCCUGCGUAAGACCCUGGACUUGGCGCUCAGCAUCUUGGCUAACUGCUGUACGGAAGGGGCGUGCCGGGCUGAAGUGCGCAGACUCGGAGGCAUUCUCCCUUUGGUGACCAUUCUUCAGUGUGUGAAGACAGACAGCAUACAGAACCGAACAGCCCGUGCCCUGGGGAACUUAGCCAUGGAACCUGAGAGCUGUGGGGACAUCCACUCUGCUGGCGCUGUUCCCCUGCUUGUUGAGAGCCUGACAGCGUGCCAGGACUCACAGUGUCUGCAGAGUGUGGUGCGUGCCCUCCGCAACCUGGCGGACUCACCCCAGCACCGCCUGGCCUUGGCACAGCAGGGAGCAGUGCGCCCUCUGGCUGAGCUCCUGGCUGCUGCCCCAGACCCCGCACUGACCUCGGCCCUAGUCCGUGCCCUCCUGGAACUCAGCCGAGGCUGCUCCCGGGCCUGUGCUGAGCAGCUGAGUCUGGGCGGGGGACUGGGCCCACUUGUCAGCCUGGCUUCUCACCCCAAACGGGCGGUACGUGAGGCAACCAUCCUGAUCCUCGCUAAUCUGUGUGCCCAGGGUCUGGUGCGGCCUGCACUGGGCAAUGCUGGUGGUGUGGAGGUGCUGCUAGGUGAGCUCCGGCGGCGCCGGGGCCCCAAUGGGGCUGGCCCAGCCUCCCAGCAGCCCCUGGUGCGGGCUGUGUGCCUUCUGUGCCGGGAGGCCAUCAAUCGGGCCCGGCUGCGGGAUGCUGGAGGUUUGGAGCUGCUGAUGGGCCUGCUGCGGGACCCUCGUGCCAGUGCCUGGCACCCUCGCGUUGUGGCUGCCCUCGUGGGCUUCCUCUAUGAUACUGGGGCCCUGGGCCGGCUCCAGGCCCUGGGACUUGUACCUCUCCUGGCUGGACAGUUGUGUGGUGAGGCUGGUGAUGAGGAAGAGGAGGGAAGAGAAGCCGCUUCCUGGGACUUCCCUGAGGAGCGGACCCCUGAGCCGGCAGAGGCUGGAAGCUUCCGAAGCCUCAGGUCGUGGCUAAUCUCCGAGGGCUAUGCCGCGGGACCUGGAGAUAUCUCUCCAGACUGGUCUCCUGAGCAUUGUCCACCACCGGAGUCCACAGAGCCAGCCAGCCCCACCCCAGGCUGCACCACACUGCGGGCGCCCAGCACACUGUGCACGCCUGGCCGCUGCCCUGCCGCGGCCACUGAGGAGCCUUGGGGCCGUGAGGGGCCGGCGCUGCUGCUGCUGUCACGCUUCUCUCAGGCUUCCGACCCGAGUGGGGCGCUGGUGACUGGCCCCGCGCUGUGCGGCCUACUGGCCUAUGUGACAGGUGCACCCGGCCCGCCGAGCCCGCGUGCACUGCGCAUCCUGGCGCGCCUCACCUGCAACCCUGCCUGCCUCGAGGCCUUCGUGCGCAGCUAUGGCGCGGCACUGCUGCGCGCCUGGCUGGUGCUGGGCAUCGCGCCAGAUGACUGGCCCACGCCACGUGCCCGGCCCACUCGCCGCAGCCAGCACCGAGAACUGGGUGAGAUGCUGCUGCAGAACCUGACCGUACAGGCCGAAUCACCCUUUGGAGUAGGUGCCCUCACUCACUUGCUGCUCUCUGGGAGCCCUGAAGACCGUGUGGCCUGUGCACUGACCCUUCCCUUCAUCUGCCGGAAGCCCUCUCUGUGGCGCCGGCUACUUCUGGACCAGGGCGGCCUCCGUCUCCUCCUCAUGGCACUAACCCAACCAGCUCCACACCCGCUCUUCCUCUUCUUUGCUGCGGACUCCCUUUCCUGCCUCCAAGGUCUGAUGUCUCCCACUGUGAGCCCAGCUCUCCCACCUGCAAUCCCUUGGGAUCUAGACUCACCUUCCCCUUGCCUCUAUGCACGUCUGCUGGACCCAGCUCCCAUCCCUGCUCCUGACCUGCACUUCCUACUGGACUCAGGCCUACAGCUCCCUGCCCUGCGAGCUGCCUCGGCUACUGCCUCCCCUUUUUUCCGGGCCCUGCUAUCUGGCAGCUUUGCUGAAGCCCAGAUGGACCUGGUGCCACUGCGAGGACUGUCAUCCAGUGCAGCCUGGCCCAUCCUGCAUCAUUUGCAUGGCUGUCGGGGCUGUGGUGCUGUCCUGGGGCCCGUGCCCCCACCAGGUGAGCCUCUGCUGGGCUCAGAGGCUGAGGAGGCAUUGGAGGCUGCUGGCCGUUUCCUGCUGCCUGAGCUGGAGGAGGAGCUGGAAGAGGCCGUGAGCCACAUCCAUCUGGGACCCCAGGGUGGCCCAGAGUCAGUGGCUGAGGUGUUCCGCUUGGGCCGGCCCCGGCUGGCUGCCCACUGUGCCCAAUGGACACUGGGGCCUGGGCAGUGCCCACGGAAGCGGGCCCUGGCCCUGGUGGGGCUUGUGGAGGCAGCAGGGGAGGAGACAGGCCCCCUGACAGAGGCUCUGCUGGCUGUGGUGAUGGGAAUUAAGUCAGGGACAAGGGUCCCAGCCUAGACUGUUGAUGUCCCCUUGGAGGGGACGUAAGAACAAGUUGGCUGUGAAGGAGGCCUCCCUCAGAGUGGCACGGGAGGAGACUGAGCAGAAGGAGUCAUCAUCGAGGACAGAUGAGAAGAUGGAACUGGUCCCCAGGAUGAUGGUCUGAAGACCCAGGAAUAAGAAGCCAAGACCAGGGUCUGGGUGUGGGGUCCAAGAGGAGAACAGUCCGGGGCCCCAGGUGCCUGGCCUGGCCCAGCCCUCUAUAGUUGACAUUAAAAACUUGGGAGCUGUAUACCUCUA